AUGAAGACCACCCCUUCAGGUUUCUCUGCAAAACCUGGUAACAUACAGUAUUCGGACGAUUCAGAAGAUGAGAACAGGGAACAUGAAGACGAGGCCAUGGAUGAUUGGGCAUUGAACUGUGGUAAAGAGCCGGCCUGCUGCCCUAAUUCGUACAUACAUCCAUAG